GAGUGGUCAAUGUCAAAAGGUUUACCAAAACAAAAAAUAAAACAAAAAAAACCGAAAUGACACCAUUGAACCAACAAAUACAUACCUGUUAACGUUUGGAAUGCCAAUACUUCCAGCAAAUAUUAAAGUAGGUUUUUACCAGAUGAAAAUAGAAAUGUUUGUGCCAAAUCCGCUGCGUUGUUUUAAAUGUCAGCGAUUUGGCCAUGGCCAAACAAACUGUAAAUGCUCCGAAGCCUGCUUCAGGUGUGGUGAAGAGGGGCACGAUGGAAAAGGUUGUCCAAAAGAACACAAAUGUAAAAAUUGUAAAGGUGACCACAUGGCCUCCUCUAAACAAUGUCCGAUCUGGAUAAAAGAAAAGGAAAUACAAAAGAUUAAAGCUGAAAAACGCAUAACUUACCACGAGGCCAAAAAGCUUGUAAACAUGUACAGUAUUCCUAAACCAAAUCUGUCAUCGUAUGCAACUGCUUUAAAAUCACCCUCAAUGAAGAAUAUGUCGACACAAGUCUGUCAGAAUGAUAUAUUCCCGCAUACUUCUGUAGUAACAACAACAGUUUCGUUGUCACCUAAGGACAAAAGUAAAAUAAACUCGACAUCUACCUCUUCAGGGUCCACAACUGAGGUUGUAACUGCGACUUAUGCAGCUGUUGUAGCUGUGACGUCUGAUAAGCCUGCGGCUGCAGACACCACCAAAUCGUCUGGAAGAUGUGACACGUCUCCACGGAAAAACAAAUCAAGACAGUAUAACGAUCUAGUGCCCAAGGGGGCAAAAGAUCCCGUCACUAUACACAACAAGAAAUGGAGAACAAGUUUUGGAGGAAAUGGAGUUUACUCCAUCAAACUCUCCGUCACGAGUUCGGAGUCUUUCUCCAAAAAAGUAUAAAGGGAGGAUAUCCCCGGUGAGACAUAAAAAAUCAUGAAUCAUCCAACAUUUAUUCAAUGGAAUUGUCGAGGUUUUAGAGUAAAUUUCAAUGAACUAUCGUUACUCAUUCAGAAACAUAACCCGCUAGCCAUAUGUUUACAAAAAACACAUUUGAAAAACACAGAUAAGAUACGUAUUUAAAAAACCAUACCAUGUAUAACCAUUAUGCUCAAACAGACAGGGCCUUUGGUGGUUCUUCAAUAGCAGUCCAUAAUAACUUCAUUCAUGGCCAAAUAAAUUUGAAAACAAAUCUUCAAACAAUAGCAAUCUCGGGAACUCAUAGAUUUAAUACAACAACUUCCAGCCCCUUUCUUACUUAUGGGCGAUUUUAACGACCAUAACCCGCUAUGGGGUAGUGAUAAGAUAACAAAUAAAGGUAAAAAAAAAAAAAAAAAAAAAAAAAAAAAACAAAAAAACAAAAAAAACCUGGAAGAUGCAAUUUCUCACCACAAUCUCUGUAAUUUUAAUGACGGUUCUAACACGUAUCUUCAUCCAGGCAAUGGUUCAUAUUCUUCAAUCGAUAUUAGUAUACUUGAUCCCUCUUUACUUUUGGAUUUAAACUGGUCUGUACAUGACGAUCUGUGCGGAAGCGAUCAUUUCCCUAUUAUUGUUAAAGCAAAUAAUCCUCCAGAAAACAAUCCUCUUAAGAACUGGAAACUCGACAAAGCUGAUUGGUCAUGUUUUGAAGCUCUGUGUCUGCAAGAUAUCGCAGCUAUAAAGUUUGAAAACCAUCCAGACCCCAUUCAAAAAUUUACUGAAACUUUAUUACAAUUUACAAAUAGCAAAUAAAUGCAUACCCAAAACCUCGACAAAUUCUACCAAAAUCAAAAAACCAUGGUUUACAGAAGAAUGCAGUGAAGCAAUUAAAGCUCGCAAAAAAGCAGAGAGACUAUUCACAGGCUUUCAAGUGACAUUUUGCAAAAAAUAAGGGACAUUUUUAGGGCAAAAUUAUUAAAAAAAAAAAAAAAAAAAAAAAAGCCUUUUAAAGGAUUUUUAAAGGGCUUUUUAGACAAAAAUAAGGGUUAAAUUUACAAAUCAAUAGGAAAGAAAAAAUGUUUUACUCACCAUUUCCAAGAGCAAUAAUACAACAAGAGGCCCACAAGCCGUAUUGGUCACCUGGAUACUAGUGAAAAAGUAUCACUACUUCCAUGGGCUAUGAAAUCUAGAAAAAAAUCUAUUAUGAAUAUCUAAGCUAAAUUCUAAUGUUCAGGAACAGUAUAAAACAAGAUGUGUUCUUAAAACUUCACUGCGCUCAAAAGUGCAUACACUGAUGAAAGGCUUUAAAUAAUAGGUGUAUUAACAUUAAAACAUCAAAAUAUAUUACUAAUUUGGACUCAUCCUAAAGUCAUAACCCUGGGUUGUGAAAUUUACCAUUUUUUGUACAUCCUUUUCUGCUAUUCUUAAGUAUGCAUUUAGAUUUUAUACAGUAUCAGCAAACUUACAUAUAAAUACUAUGUACUAAGUUUGGCCCCACCCAGAGGUCAAAACCCUUACUCGCCAGGGGAAAAAUCAAAUUUA